AUGACUAAAGUGCCGGCCAACAAAAAGCUGCAGAACACCUCCAGCAAGAAGGCACUGUGGCCCUCGUAUGACUCAGAUCCACAGACUCAGGUAGGGCUGCUGGUUCCAUUCACGCCACCUCCCCCACCCCCACCCCCAGGAAAAACGGAAGACACUUGCGAUGUGUAUUUCUUGUGUACUCUAAUAAACCCUAAACACCCCCUUAAGCGAGCUCUCAAGGAUUCGCCUAUAUUCGCCUACACAGUGUCAGAUAAGACAGUGAAGAACAUGAGGUACAUAGACAGAGAAAUCAUAAACCUCAAAAAGGAUCUUGUACGAAGCCGCUUCCUGAUCCAGUGUGUGAAGAUCGGCCGUGGAUAUUUUAACAUACUGCGAGAGGAAAACGCCAUGAAAAAGAGGCAACAGCAACUCCAGAAGCUAAAGGAGGAAGAGCUGAACAAAUUCCAGCCAGCCAAGAAGUACUCAGACAUCCACUGCAGGGACACCCUGCUGUCUACCUACGAGGAAGAGAAGUUAAAGAAGUUGGAGGCCGGCAUCAUUAUCCGCCCAUUCACGCCAAUCCACAGCUGCAUCAUCGCUCCUACCUUGCCCGAGUCUCACGUGGAACCCCUCUACCGCCAGCUGUGUGCGCUCCACUGGCUCCUAGAGGCCCUGACUAUCGACCACACCCACCACACCAUGAGGCCCUUGAUUGCCUGUUGGAACCCCAAGGACCCAGGUGGCAGCAAAAGCACAAUAAAGAAGAUCAACAAGGACAAGUCCAUGGGGCAGAGGUGGGACCACUUCGUCACAGCACCAAAGACCAAGAAAUUCAAAGCCCCCGCCAUUCGCACAGCCAGCCGCAAACCCAGCCGGAGAGGGUCCACUCUCAGUCUGACCCGGACCAGUGGGGGUUCUUCUCCCCAGAGCAGCAUGAUUUCUGUGAACCCCGGCUCCGAUGAACCCCCAAGUGUAGCCACCGGCAGUAAAGACAUUGAAGACAAUGAGUCAUUGUCAACUAAGCCAGACGAAGAAACCCUCCAUGCCAACCUCCAGAAGCUUCUGGAAUUGGUCCGAGAAGAUGCCCGAAGAGCGAUGAUGAUGUUAGAGAUGUACAAGAAAGUUCCCAGCAUCGUGUCUAUAGUCAAGCAAAUCAAGAGUGAUUCUGCCUGGAAAGAGUGGCAGACCGGCUACAAGUCGAGCGAGAGAUCCAGCACGACGAGUGGAGAGAGCCACACCCUGUUGGGCCAGAAGAAGUCAAAGGGGCGUGCCAACCGUGACAUCAUCCACUCCAAGAGCGGGGUGUGUAGCACUAUGCGGGCCAAGUUUUACAGCGUAGCCCAGGAGGCCGGCUUCUGCCUGCAAGACAAGAUGGAGAUCCUCAUGAAGCGCCAAGAAGAACGGGGACUCCAGAAGUUCCACUCUUUUAUCCUCGCCUCGAAUUAUCAAAAGGAUUUGGCAAAGAUGAGGCACCAGGUCUCGAUAGUGAAGGGGGACGCGGAAGAGAUUGCGGAUCACUGGUACUUUGAUCUGUUGUCCAAACUCCCAGAGGAUCUGAAGAGCUUCCGACCUGCAAAAAAAAUCCUGACAAAACUGCAGAAGUUUGGAGAGAACUUGGACCUGAGGAUCCGGCCACAUGUCCUCCUGAAGGUGCUCCAGGACCUUCGAAUCUGGGAGCUGUGCUCCCCAGACAUUGCAGUGGCCAUUGAGUUCGUGCGAGAACACAUCAUCCAUAUGCCGCAGGAGGAUUACACCAACUGGCUACAGAGCAGGGUCAACAUGCCCAUCCGGCAUGCCCUGUCAUAG